AGAUCUCGUUUUUCACUACCGGCAUUUCAACAGCUCUGCCGGUUCCUUUUUCCUCCACCGGCAGAAAAGCCACGUCGUAUUUAUCGUUUUUAAAAGUCACCUUUGUCGUUCACAUCAUGCCUGGCUAUUCCGACAGAGAUCGUGGCAGAGACAGGGAUAGAGACAGAGGUUAUGGCGGAGGUCCUCGUUUUGGUGGAGGUCGCGGCGGCGGUGGAGGAGGUGGUGGAGGAAAGUUUGGUAACCCCGGAGAGAGACUUCGGAAGAAACACUGGAACCUGGACGAACUUCCCAAGUUUGAGAAGAACUUCUACCAGCAGCACGCCGAUGUGGCCCGGAGACCACUGCAAGAAGUGGAACAGUACAGAAGAACCAAGGUGAUCACAGUGAAGGGGAGAGAUUGUCCCAAUCCCAUCACAAAAUUCCAUGAAGCAAGCUUCCCAUCUUAUGUGAUGGAAGUCAUCAACAAACAGAACUGGACUGAACCUACUCCGAUCCAGGCUCAAGGCUGGCCUUUGGCACUGAGUGGCAAAGACAUGGUCGGGAUUGCACAGACCGGGUCAGGCAAGACGCUUUCUUAUCUGCUGCCUGCAAUAGUUCACAUCAACCACCAGCCUUUCUUGGAACGUGGAGAUGGCCCUAUUUGCUUAGUUCUGGCCCCGACCAGAGAGCUGGCCCAGCAGGUGCAACAGGUCGCCGCAGAGUACGGCAGAGCUUCUCGCCUUAAAUCCACCUGCAUCUAUGGAGGAGCACCAAAGGGACCCCAGAUCCGUGACCUGGAGAGAGGUGUGGAGAUCUGCAUCGCCACUCCAGGCAGACUUAUCGACUUCCUGGAGUCAGGGAAGACAAAUCUGCGCAGGUGCACCUACCUGGUGCUAGAUGAAGCUGACAGAAUGCUGGACAUGGGCUUCGAGCCGCAGAUUCGCAAAAUAGUCGACCAAAUCCGGCCCGACCGGCAGACUCUGAUGUGGAGCGCCACUUGGCCAAAAGAAGUUCGCCAACUGGCCGAGGACUUCUUGAAGGAUUACGUGCAGAUCAACGUGGGGGCACUGCAGCUGAGCGCCAACCACAACAUCCUGCAGAUCGUGGAUGUCUGCACUGACGGAGAGAAGGAAAACAAGCUUGUCCGUCUGCUGGAAGAAAUCAUGAGCGAGAAGGAGAACAAGACGAUCAUAUUUGUAGAGACAAAGAGGCGCUGCGAUGAUCUCACCAGGAGGAUGAGGAGAGACGGGUGGCCUGCUAUGGGAAUCCAUGGAGAUAAAAGCCAGCAGGAAAGAGACUGGGUUCUCAAUGAGUUCAAAUUUGGGAAGGCUCCGAUUCUCAUCGCCACAGAUGUUGCCUCCAGAGGUUUAGAUGUUGAAGAUGUGAAAUUUGUCAUCAACUAUGACUACCCCAACAACUCUGAGGACUAUAUCCACCGCAUUGGCAGAACUGCUCGUAGCUCAAAGACGGGCACAGCCUAUACCUUCUUCACCGCCAACAACAUGAGGCAAGCCAGCGACCUCAUCGCUGUGCUGCGCGAGGCCAACCAAGCCAUCAACCCCAAGCUCCUCCAAAUGGGUGAAGAUAGAGGAGGUAAAUCCAAUUGGUCGUUCAAGAGGUGGCUUUAGGGACGAUCGGCGGGAUAGGUAUUCAUCUGGUAGGCGGGAUUUUGGUAGGGACCGGGAAAACAGAGGCUUCGACAACGGACAGAGUAAAGCUUUUAGUGCCAAUUCCCAAAACGGAGGCUACGGCGGCAUGAACACCAGCACCACCAACGGCUACGGCGCCGCUUACGGCACCAACGGACAGGCGAGUUUCAACUCCACCCAGGCUGGAGCCUUUGUGCAGAACACCUUCCAGCCCCAGCAGUUUGCAGCGGCUAACGCCGUCGCCCAGAACGGCGUGGGUCACCCGUCAUUCCCCUACGCCCAGGCACAGGCGGCCCCCCAGCAGAUCGCCGCCCCACCGAUGGUGCCGUACGCCAUGCCGCCUCCUCAGUUUCCUCAGUAAUUACAUCACAUAAGUCAAAAAAAUAACUUAUUCCCUUUUAUUUUUUUUGUCUUAAGUACUCAAUCAAUUAUUCUUUUUGUAUUUACAUGACAGGGUUACGACUUCAAAUUUAUCAGGACUUUUCACGUCUGCAGUGUAGCAAAGUUGGUUUUUUUCCAAGUAUUUAAUUUGUUACAUUCCUAAGUGAUGUUUAGUUUUGUAUUAGGUAAUUCCAGAUGUAUUGCUUUUCAUGUUUAAGUAAUAAGCUCCCAUCUUGGAAGUGCACUGCAUGAUCUUUCAAAUAAAACCUUUAAAAGAA